GGGUGGUUCAAGUUGGAAUUUUCUGUCUGUCGACGAGCACUUCCGAAAAAAAAAAAAAAAGAAAAAAAAAAGAGAAAACAGUAUCAUGGGAAACAACUUUCUUAUUUGGAUUCUCGUACUUUGCAUGUUUUGUAAAGUSUCAGGAGAAGGCUGCUCCCUUAUUCUCAAGCCGUCCAGGGUUGUGGUGGGCUUYGGGGAGUCGGCGACGGUCAGCUGUGAAGCUACACGCCCKGUCCGUGUCCUGGGCUGGGAGUCGGCCAUCGGUGCGGUGCACACGCAGGAGGACCGGUCUGUCCAGUGGAAGGCAGACAGCCUUAUUGAGUGGAUAGAGGAGCCCAUCUGCUAUGGGGUUUUUUUCACAGCUCCGAGACAGUGUGAGGAGAAACUCAACCUUGUUCUUUACAAAACUCCGGACAGCAUUUCCAUCAGGCAGGCGAACCACACUGGCCCCAUGGUGGAAGGGAAAGAGUACCAGCUGCUCUGUGAGGUUCAGAAUAUCGCUCCUGUUCAGUACCUCACACUGAGGUGGUACCGAGGUCAGACUGAGGUCUACCAGCACUCCUUCUCUGACCUCACAUCUUCUUCCCCYGUACAAGUGUCCUCUAUCCUCGUCAUCACGCCAACAAAAGCAGAAAACGAUGCAGAGUAUAAGUGUGUAGCGGAGCUGGACCUUGGACCAGAGGGGCCACAGCCGCCUCCCACUCUGGCCUCAGAGCCCCUCGSUGUGUCCGUAUACUUUCCCCCAACAUUUCUAAGUCCUGAAACAGAGGUGUUAGACUUUACAGCAGGGGCUGAAGUCACCUUAAACUGCACGGCCGUGGGAAAUCCUGUGCCUGUAUACAGCUGGCAGUCUGUCCAUCCCACAGAAGAGAAAAUGAAGGCAGAAGCUGUUAUUACUUCAUCCUCGCUGCCCCCAGGCACUUACUCAUGCACUGCCUCAAACACGCUGGAAAAAAAGAGCAAGCAGUUCAUUAUCAAAGAAAAGAUCAAAGGUGUUUGAAGCUUGCUAUCGUACAACCGAUCAGUUGGCRCRCUGUCUGACUCACAGGGAAAAUUCAUCUGAACUGAUUUAACUGUUGCUGCAUUGAAGAUGGAAAUUAUGACACAUUUAUGAUUCCGCCGAUGUUGAUGAGGAUCAUGUUACCAUCCAGAGUUAGAUACCAUAGAGAAAAUGUUAUGUUUGGUUAACUGUCAUUUAUAUAUGACAGUUACCAAACAUUUCAUAUAGACGUUAUGAAAUGUUCAUAAUAGGGUUACCAAACAUUUCAUAUAGACGUUAUGAAAUGUUCAUAAUAGGGUAGAUUUCAUAGGGUGAAAUCUACCCUAUUGAUUUAGGAUAGAUUUCACAUUGUAGGAUUUACAUGUGAUGUUUGUUGUAUAGUAAAUAUUUAUGAUUGUCUUAUUUACCUACUAAUUUAAUGAAUUUAUGGAACAUUUCAGACACAUACCCACUAUCGGCACUGAAAUGAAUAGCAGCAGGGAAUUGCUGUAAAUACGAGCUGUUUCUUGGUUUGAUUUUCUUAUUGUUAUCAAUAAAAAAUAAGCUUUUUACUAACUGGUUCACUUACUGAUGAUGAUGUCCUUUGUUUUUGUUAGAUUACUAAUGUCAGUCUUGGGUUUUGUUAAGCAAUAAAGUCCAGCAGUACAUGAAAUGAUGUAA